GCUCCUGGCCCAGCCGGCGGCGGCCAUGGCGGCCGUGCUGUCCCCGCGCCUCUGCGACAGCGACCCCGCCACGCCCGGCGCGCAGUCCCUCAAGGAUGACACAGAAGAAAAUUCCAAUGAUGGCAGCCAACCAUCCAAAAGACGGCGUAUGGGCUCAGGGGACAGUUCUCGGAGCUGUGAAACUUCUAGUCAAGACCUUGGAUAUAGUUAUUUUCCUGCUGAAAAUUUGAUAGAAUACAAAUGGCCACCAGAUGAAACAGGAGAAUACUAUAUGCUACAGGAGCAAGUCAGUGAAUAUUUGGGUGUAACUUCCUUUAAAAGAAAAUAUCCAGAUUUAGAAAGGCGAGAUCUGUCUCACAAGGAGAAACUCUACCUCAGAGAACUAAAUGUUAUCACAGAGACUCAAUGCACACUAGGUCUAACAGCUUUGCGUAGCGAUGAAGUAAUUGAUCUUAUGAUUAAGGAAUACCCUGCCAAACAUGCUGAGUAUUCUGUUAUACUGCAAGAGAAAGAACGUCAGCGAAUAACAGAUCAUUAUAAAGAGUACUCUCAAAUGCAGCAGCAGAACACACAGAAAGUAGAAGCCAGUAAAGUUCCAGAAUACAUUAAAAAAGCUGCCAAGAAAGCUGCAGAAUUCAACAGCAAUUUAAACCGAGAGCGGAUGGAAGAAAGAAGAGCCUAUUUUGAUUUACAGACUCAUAUUAUCCAGGUGCCUCAAGGAAAAUACAAAAUCUUACCUACAGAGAGAACAAAGGUUAGUCCUUAUCCAGUGGCUCUCAUACCCGGCCAGUUCCAGGAGUACUACAAAAGGUACUCUCCAGAUGAACUUCGUUACUUACCAUUAAACACAGCUCUCUAUGAACCUCCUUUGGAUCCAGAGCUGCCUGCAUUGGACAGUGAUGGAGAUUCAGAUGAUGCAGAAGAAGGGCGAGGUGAUGAAAAACGGAAAACCAAAGGCAAUUCGGACAAUUCGUCUGGCAAUGUAUCUGAAGGUGAUUGCGCCACAGACAACCAGGAGGAUUCUUUUCAGGGAAGACAAAAAACAAGAGACAAAAGUGCUACUCCAAGAAAAGAUGGUUCCAAACGUUCUGUAUUACCCAAAUCAGUUCCUGGGUACAAGCCAAAGGUCAUUCCAAAUGCUAUAUGUGGAAUUUGUCUGAAGGGUAAGGACUCCAACAAGAAAGGAAAAGCUGAAGCUCUUAUACAUUGCUCCCAGUGUGACAACAGUGGCCACCCUUCUUGCCUUGAUAUGACCCCGGAGCUUGUUGCUAUGAUUAAGACUUAUCCUUGGCAAUGUAUGGAGUGUAAAACGUGCAUUAUAUGUGGGCAGCCUCACCAUGAAGAAGAAAUGAUGUUCUGUGACGUAUGUGACCGUGGUUAUCACACUUUUUGUGUGGGGCUUGACGCUAUCCCUUCAGGUCGCUGGAUUUGUGAUUGUUGUCAAAAAGACCCUCCUGUACCCAGAAGAGGAGGAAGAAGGGGGAAAAACAGCAAAGAGGGCUAAUAAAACCC